UCUGGUGGACAAGUAGGAAGUAAAGUACAAAAUGAAACACCGAUCAAUGAAUGGCGACAGUGUGCAUGCCUGAUUAGACAAGAACUGAAGGAGCUUCUAUGCAGCGUACUGUUUCCAUUCUUAUAUCGCAUUUACUUACUUCAUAACAUAUGACUUGUGUACUUUAUCUUUAUAUGUAUCUUUAUGAAUAAAAUCGUUGAAACCAACUUUAUACAAUUAUACUAACAACGAGUUCACGCGGUAACGUAACAGAUGAAACCAUAACCAUGGCUUAUACAAAAAUACCUAAAGUUAAAGAAGAUGAUGUGCUUGAAUGUUUCCUUUAUCCAAAAAUUUGUUAUACAAAACCUUCAAUAACUAUAACAGAGGAAAUUCUAUUACAAGAAAUUACAAAGUUCAAUGAAGUAAUUGCACCGUAUAUUGAAGGUUAUAUUUGGCAUAAUGAUAAUUUAAUUUUUCAUCCUAGAACAAAAGAAGCAUUAUUAUUGGAAAAGCUUAUUGAAAAUUCUACAACUGUAGGAGAAUGUAAUAUAUUGCCUCACAUUUAUAUACGCUUACGUUUUGAUGAAGAUAUAAGUGAUGAAUGGUUUGUGGUCUUUCUGAUAUUUAAACUUACCCAGGCUUUUAAUGGAUUAAUUGCUAAAGUUAUAGAUUCUGACGGUGAAUUUCUUUUAAUUGAAGCUGCAAAUGUUUUGCCCCCAUGGGCUAAUCCUGAAACAUGUGAAAACCAUGUAUUUGUAUAUAAUGGUGAAUUGCACAUUAUUCGCGAAAAACAUAAAACAUGGUUGGAUUUGUUAAAUAAUCUUUGGGAGAAGCCAUAUUUUUACAGAGCUUCGGAGAAAGUACAAGAUGUCUUAAAAAGACGAAUUAAUAUUUAUCCUAGUGAGAUUGAAAAAAGACAUCACAAGGCUCGAGUCUUUUUACCUGAGAAAGCAGUUUCAAUACUUCGACAAGAACCAAGACUGAUUGCAUUAAUUAUUCGAACAAUUUGCCACUCUGAUCCACUUGAAAGAAAAGUUUGUCGUGCUAUGAAAUAUUUUCCUCCUGAACAACGUAUUAUGGUUAAUGUAAAAAUGACUAAAUGUUUGUAUGCAAUGGCAAAUCAUUGUCGAUAUACUGGAGACCCAAGGACAGGCUGGAAUAUACCCCCAAUAACUUAUUCAAAGUAUAAUGCACACAUACUUGGAAUUAAAAUAGCAUGUGGUUUAGAAAUGUUAAUUGCUCGUGCAAAUGAAGAACUUAGAAGAAGAGAAAAAAGAUCAGUUAAUAAUUCUGAGAAAUUAAAAGCAAAUGAAGAUGUUUUAAAUACAUAUUUAAGCCGUUUAGAAGUUAAUGGCUAUUUUAAAAAUCUUUUAAAAGGUAGCGAAGAAUAUGAAAAACUCUUGAAUGCAGCAAAAGAUUAUUACUUCAAAUACUUUAAUCUAUAUAAUUCUAUUACCGACAUUAAUAAAAGUGAUGCUGAAAAGGUUUUAGAAGCAUGGGAAAACAUACAGUCCAAUGAUGUCGAAUUACAUGCACAAGAUGAAGCUGCAUUAAGUCCUGCAGAUAGUGAUAGUUGGUUAAAUGUAGAUCCAAUACAGUUAGAAACAUUUUUGAACGAAAAGUGGGGAAAUACUAAAAGCAAGAAACAUAAACAAGAAUCAUUAAGUCUUAAAGAAAAAGUACAGAUGUUCUUAAAUCAAAAUAGUGAUAUUGAUGGUGUACAAUUUUUAGAAGAUCUUUCAACAGAAGUUGAUGGAAUGUAUGAUCCAGAGGACAAUGGAAAAGUUGAAUUCGAUGCAGACAUAUUUGAUAGUACAUUACGAGGAAUAUUAGAUUUAGCUGUUCCAGGAAAUGAAGGAGAAUUUGAAGGAAGUUCAGAGGGAUCCUUGGGUGAAGAUGAUGAAGAUAAAAGAAAUGAAAUGGACAAAUAUAUGCGAUUGUUAAAUUCAGAAAUACAGUCUCAAAUAGAAAAAGAUGAAGACUCUGAGACAAAUAAAAGUUCUGAUGUUAUAGAAGAUAAUUUGUUAAAAAGUAUUACAGAAGAAGCAGGUGGUUCAGGUCCAACUGGAAAUAUAAUAGGUAGACCUGCUCGACAACUUCUGCACUUACAAUUACAAUCACCCACUACAGUACCUCCUGAUUUACAAAGUUAAUAAUUUUAUCUAAAUAUUAAUAUUUAGUUAAACAUGUUAAUGAUUGUUAAUAGAUUGAAAUUCCUGCUAGCCAUUUUAUGCAAAAUAUGUAUUUAUUAUUUUGAAAGCAGAUGAAAUUUAAGAUCAAUAGCACGUUUAUCGUUGACAACAAGAAAGUAACUUUAUACAUAGAUGUAGUAUUACAAACUCACAAUUUUUUAAAUAUUUUUUCAACUGUUAUAAAAUAUGUAUAUUUUAUACAUGACUUUUCGUUUUUUUUCAGUCUUUAUUAUACAAAAGUAUGUUUAAUUACAAUAUUAAAUGAAAUACAUGAAUGUAUAUAUCUA